CUCCGUCCUGCCCCUGUCAACCCGUGCAUUGGAUUACCCUCUUUUCCACCUGCAACACUCCGGACAAUCUUCAUCGCUUUCUAAUCACGUCGCUCGAAGCCAAUUGUUUCCCUUCAACUCUCCUGCAUUUUUCUCCGCGCCUCGACCGUCCAUUACUCGUUAACGCGAUCAUCGCAAACCGGCAUUUCCGAUGGACAGGCCCCACGUAGAGGUUGGCGGUCCUGAACCCACCCAGGCUUCAGAAAGUACCCAGGCUCCUUCGAACAAUGAAGCGCCUGAUGUGGUCAUGGGCUCGACCCAGAACACGGAUGCCGCGAAUGAAGGCCAGCCACAACCUACUCAAGAUCCUCUGCCAGAUGCAGAAAUGGAAGAACCGAAGCCACUGGAGGAGCCAGCUGCGGUGAAGAAGAAACCUAUGCUUCAAUUCCUCGAUUUUCUCACGUCGCCUAUCGUGGAACUUGUUGUUGGGCCACAAGAGGAUCCAACGGUCUUGACCGCACACCAAAGCCUUCUCCUAGAAUCUCCACUGCUUGCAGAGGCUGUCGCGGCUUUUAAAGCUUCAAGCUCUCGACGCAUCGAACUUCCCGACGAAAAUGUAGAAGCUUUCGGUUACUUUUUACAAUUCCAAUACACGCGCGAUUACGCUGCCUCUCCUACUGGGUCGUCCACAGAAGAGGCUGUCGUUGGGGAAAUUGAUGACAGCGGCGAUCAGCUGCUAAAGCAUGCACGGGUCUAUACAUUGGCGGAGAAGCUGGGUAUUCCGUCACUGAAGACUCUCGCUCAUUCCAAAAUUCACCGUAUCAACAGCACCUCCCAAGGUGAAAUCGCCUACGCCCGGUAUGUAUACACUCAUACGCCGACAGACGAUGUCACGAUUAGGAAGCCAGUAGCUUCGUUCUGGGCGAUGAGGAGUCAUGUGUUGCGUCAUGAAGCGGAACAAGAAUUCAAGAAACUUUGUAUUGAAGUUCCCCAGUUCUGUUUCGACGUCCUCAGCCUUGUUCUCGAUCACAAGGAAAAACGGUCGCAGGAUAGAGCGGAAGCCGAAUCCGGUGUUAAGGGAAGUGGGAGAAAACGACUGCGGAGCGGCCUUUGAGUUGGCAUGUACAACAAUACUCAGGAGUCAAAAAUAAGGCAUGUAGUACUGUACAAGGUAGAAGAAGAUAAUAUCACUCGAUUGGCU